AUGUCGACCACCACUAUGGCGAAGAAGAACAAGGGGAAGAAAGUUGCCGAUCCGAAUGAGACAUCCAAACUGCUGGCCGCCAAGAUCUCACAACUUGAGCAGGAUGCAGCUGGAGAGAAGGAUCAGGAACAGGAGAUCGAGCGUGAAGUCAAGAAGGCGACUCGAGAUCUCAAUCAGCUUCUGAACAACAUAGAAUCCCCGAUGACCCGACUGGAAACCGUACAUAAGAAGUACACCGAGUUGCUGGCCGAUAUGAAAAAGCUAGAUCGUGACUAUGCCAAGAGCAAGAAGCGAGCAGAUCAGCUGCAGAAAGACCAGGAGAAAGGAAAAUCAGAGUUAAACAAAACCGUGACCAUGAAAGACAAAUUGGAGAAACUUUGUCGCGAACUGACGAAGGAAAACAAGAAGGUGAAGGACGAGAACAAAAAGCUCGACGACACCGAGAAAAAAGCCCGUCUUAUCGUCAACGAACGACUUGAUUCCCUCCUGUACGACAUUCAAGACGUCAUGGCCGCCAAGGGAAACCCGCGCAAUGAGAAGGUGGACAUGGAUUUGGAUGAAGCGCUCCGGGCUAAGCUCAAGACGAUCAGCGAACAAUUUGAUACACGCGAGCUGCAUUACAAGGGCUUGCUCCGCAGCAAGGACUCCGAGAUUCAAAGCCUGACUUCCAAGUAUGAGGAACAGCGCCGAACUGCUGAAAACGAAAGUGCCCGGGGUCGCGCUCUAAGUGCGCAAGUCUCCACCUUCUCUCACACCGAGGCAGAGCUCCGCAGUCAGCUCAACAUUUACGUCGAGAAAUUCAAACAGGUCGAGGACACUCUCAACAACAGCAAUGAACUGUUUUUGACAUUCCGGAAGGAAAUGGAAGAGAUGUCGAAGAAGACCAAGCGGCUAGAGAAGGAAAACCAUACCCUUAAUCGCAAACACGAGCAGACCAACCGCAACAUCUUAGAAAUGGCUGAAGAGCGCACUCGGAACCAGGAGGAGCUGGAAAGAUGGCGACGCAAAUGUCAACACCUCGAAGCUCUAUGCCGACGCAUGCAAGCCCAAGGCCGUGGUGAAGGCCUAGCUGAAGGAGAUGACCACCUGGAUCACGAUGACGAAGGCACCGAAAGCGAGUACGAUGACGAUUACGAAGACGAAGAGGAGCUGAGCGAAGAGGGAGACCUGGAUGAGCAUGAUCGCGACAUCCCCCGGGCUGGCGCGCCUACUGAACGACCUGUUUUUGGGCCGCCUCCACCACCUAACCUGCUGGAGGCUCGGGCUACCAAGAGCGCUGCCGUUUUAAAUGGGUGCCACUAG